CAGCUCCAGAAUGAAACCCGGGACUCAGCUGAAUACACAAAUAAGACCAGAGAGAAUUUGCAAUUCCUGCAGAUGGUGGCAAAUGAGACUGGGAUCCGGGAUGUCUCUCUCGAGUCUGUUUGGAGUGUGUAUGACACUCUGUUUUGUGAACAAGCACACAAGAUGAAGCUGCCAUUAUGGGUGACUGAAGAUGUCAUGGCUAGACUGAAGCAAUUAAAGGACUUCAGUUUUGAAUUUCUGUUUGGGAUUCACCAUCGGAUAGAGAAAGCUCGUUUACAAGGGGGGGUCUUGCUGGAUCACAUUAGGAAGAACCUAACCAAAGCAGCCAACAGCUCUGCCCACCAGCAGCUGAAGCUGCUCGCCUAUUCUGCGCAUGACACCACCCUUGUGGCACUGCAGAUGGCUCUAGAUGUCUACAACGGGGUUCAAGCACCAUACGCCUCAUGUCAUAUAUUUGAGCUGUACCGAGAGGAUGAUGGUAAUUUCUCUGUGGAGAUGUUUUUCCGGAAUGAGAGCGGGAAGGAACCUUUCCCGCUGACGCUCCCUGGCUGCCAGCAAACAUGCUCCCUGCAUCGAUUUUUGGAGCUCACCGAUCCGGUUAUUACCCAGGACUGGGAGCAGGAAUGCCAGGCAGCAAGCACAGCGCACGACACAGAACUGUUUGUGGCUCUGGCUGUGUGUGGAUCCAUUCUCUUUCUCCUUAUCAUCCUCCUGCUGACUGUCCUCUUGCGCAUCCAGUCGCAGCCCCCUGGCUACCGGCACGUUUCCAAUGAGGGAGAAGAGCAGGCAUGACAGUUGCUGCAGCUCCUUCCCCAGCAGUAGGAGGGAGCAGCGCUGCCCGUGGUGAUUGGGCACUGCAGUUACCAAGCUCUCUUCUGCUGGGUAACUGCUUCCCAGAAUGGAGCUGGAUUUUUCAAUGUUUCCUAAAGGUGAUGUCCAAUGGAGGGGACCGAGCUACUCAUCUGAAUUGUAAUUCUGAAGCCUGCUGGUGUGUGGUGCCCCUAGCCCUCAAGCAGCUCAACCCAGGUGGGGCUCCCAGCGUGGCCAGCUGGAGCUGCUGCUCCCCACGAGCAAUUCCUCUCCUUUCAGAGACUGUAACUGUCACCACUCGCUGCGACGGUGGCAGAGGGGCCUGGGUCACACGCAGCGCAGCCAGGUGUCGGUGUUUCUUUAGGCUCAGCCUGUUUUGGGYAGGUUUCUCUCAAGCGCAGGGCUCAGGGUGGUAGGAGGGCUGGGCUAGGAUAGCCCAGCUCACCAACACUGCACAGAGACUUAUCUGCCCUCCAGGCAGAGGGAGGAGCUUCUAGAGAUGAUGGCAGAUGGUGAAAAACAUUCCUGAGGUUGCUGCUAAGUGUUUUCUGUUAGCAACUGGUCUUUUUUACCUCCAACUUGUGCUUCAAGAGAAAAGCAGCUGCCUGGAGUCAGGACAGAAUUGGAAAACCUAGCAAUAGUUUCCCAGAUUCGGCAUAGUAUGCUCCAUGCGACCCACAGAACCAGAGCUUUAACCUGUAAGUGAAUUCAUGCCAUCAGCCAUAGCAGGCUUGCACAYGCUUUGUGUGUAAUGUUGGCUAUAGAAAGGAGAGAGUCCCUGUAGAAAGAAAACUUGAGCUCUUUCUAAAGGUAUUUUCUUUUGAAUUUUACUCCUCAUUAUCUAUUACUUGAGUCUUUGCAGAAGGAUCCAGGAAGAGUCCUGUAACUGGAGGUGGUCCAAGUAUCAAUUAUGAAUCCAAGAAAUAGGCUGUAAUGGCAGAAAGUUUUUCUAGUGUCAUUGAGGAUGUGUAGCAGGGCUGUUUAACUCAGGCUAAAUGCCAACUUCUGUGGUCUUUCUUCCCAUCUUCCACGCUGGAUAGCCUUACCGUCUCCCCACCUCCCUCCCAAAGCAGUAUUUGGAGGGUAAUUGCAGAGCCCUUCACUUGCCGUUUUCCAAAGUAUGUUUUUUUUUUUUUUUCCUCUGCAGCUUCUGUAAGAAACUUGAUGCCCAGAGCUUGCUACCUGCCUUGUAACUUUUGGCAGAGAAAAAGAGGCCACAGCAAGCACCCGAGGCGCUGCCCUUUGCGCAUGGUGAUGCUGCACAUUCACUUCCCACUUUUAGUUCCCUUUCUGGUGCAGUUCCUGUCCCCUCUUGGCGGCAGACAGUAGUUCUUAGGCUACAGACAUUUCCUUUUCUUCCCCUAUG